AUGGGUAAAGCUGUCAAGUCAAAGGAAUACAGAGUUUAUGUAGCUGCUGAUGACAAGAUAGAGUAUACUGGGGAAGUGAAUUGGUGCGUUUUCCGGUUGAUUUCAGAUUAUCUUCAUCCAGUGGAUUACCUACAUUCGCGUGCAGUGAGUAAAAUGUAUCUACCGUUAAUCAACCUGAGAAGAUCCCUUUCUAGUUCUACUAGGACUUUAGAGACCGCAGAUGCAUCCCCAUGGCUGGUUUCUCCUGACUGUGAUCAAACCGUCUACAAAUUCGUAAAUCCAAUGUAUAAUAAUGAGAGCUACCUCAUGAACAUUUCCGAAUCGUUCGAGGGUUUUAGAAUCCGCUUUUCAAAAGGCGGGUGGUUGCUCAUGUCAAAAGAUUGCGUAGUUUUUGGCAUCUGUCAACGAGUGGGGUCUGAGACGUCUGAUAUUUUCACGUUCUUCAGUAAACGGGGUGAUGACCGAUGGAUAAAUGAUUCCUUUCCUUCUAGUUAUUUACCUCCCGACGGGAAAAUGAUGAAAUUCGAGGUGGAUUUUAACAACCCCGUUUUCUAUCGCGGUGCAUUCUAUUGUUUAGACAACAAUGGAACUUUAGGAGUCUCUACAAUAGAGCACAGCAGUAGUUGGGAAAUAUUGGCCACUGUGACCCGUCCUAAAUGUGAGUGUAUCUAUAAGACUUUCUUGGUGGAAUGUGAAGGGAAACUUUUAUCUGUGUUAUUAGGCCAUUUAGGGAAAUGGGUUCGUGUUUUUAGAUUGAACGACGCUGAUAUGGUUUGGGUUGAAGUCAAGCAUUUGGGACGGCAUAUGUUGUUCAUUAGCAAUACAUCUUGUAUCUCAGCAAUUGCUCCGACUGGUCAAAUGGAGAACAAGAUCUAUUUUCCGAGGUUGCACAAUGAAGGAAUUUUGUAUUUUUCUCUUGAAACAAGCAUAUUUCACUGCGUUGGGAGCAGACAUUCUGCUAAAGAUUGUCGUGAUUCGAAGGAGAAACUAAACUGCAGUUGGAUCGAACCAAAUUGGUCAGAGAUGUCAGAUGAAUAUCGUAACUGGUAUGACAUCUGA